GUCGCAGUGAAAGCAUUGCAGGUGUACGCUGAUGAUCAACUUGGUGCAGCGAAGACGAAAAAGAAUAAAGCGUGAACUCAGAAUAUGUGCCAACCUCAAGCAUCCAAAUAUUCUUCCUGUUUAUGGUUAUACGUCCGGCUUUGGCCCAUUCAUAGCGAUAGUCAGUCCUUGGGCGGAGAAUGGAAACCUGACGGCCUAUUUGGAGCAUGAGCACGCCGCUCUUACUCUCCUUAGACGAUUUGAGAUUCUCAGAGAUAUCAUAACUGGUCUACAAUAUCUUCACACCAAUAGUGUCAUCCAUGGUGACUUUAAUGGGGGUAAGUUCGAUCUUCUCGAUAGUUCCAAUUCAUUGAGACGUGAACUCCAGCUCAAUGUGCUCAUCAAUGGUGAUGGCACUGCAUGUGUUGCCGACUUCGGUCUUUCCUUGAUGUAUUCCGAGGUUAUAACCGCUUCUCAGGCUUCUUGGACGUCCACGCUCAAAGGAAACAUGCGAUGGAUGGCUCCUGAGCUACUUGUACCAGAGAAGGAGGAUGGAUCUCCGACUCGUCCGAGCGAGCAAAGCGACAUAUUUUCGUUCGGCGGUAUCAUGUUGCAGGUCCUUACGAACAAAAUUCCUUAUUAUUACCUCCCGAAUGACGCCGCAAUCGUCCUGUGCAUAGCUAAGUCGGAAAACCCCUCCCGAGCUCGUUAUCCAGAACUCUCUGAAAAGUAUUGGCUAUUUAUGGAGCUAUGUUGGUCUACUGAUCCUCGGGACCGCCCAUCGACGGAGGAAGCUCGUGGAGUGAUCAUGCACCUGUAUAGUAAACGUAGGCUCACUCCAAGAUUUGUCUUGUAACCACGGCAGAUCUCAUAUGGGAAAUAUUCUCCUCUACAAGUUUGUUCACCGGUUCACUGAUUAUAAUGAAUUGGUUCCUGGUACAAUA